UUGGAAUCCCGCAACCUUUCUUCUAAGAAGUUUCGCUGGCUUUGCCCCGGAGACCAUUCAACUUGGAAAGGAUAUUCGAGGAACUCGUCCGCUUCAAAAUAACACCCCUUUAGUUAUCCCGGACUGUUUGUUAAUUACCGUACCCUUUGGAGAUUUUUUGUUUCCUCCAUAAAUGGGGAAUUCCCACGAAACAAGUUGCAAUCCAGGUUCCGCCGUUUGUCUCAGAAGAAGGCCCAGAAAAGGCCACAAGAAGUCAAGACAAGGAUGUCUAGAAUGCAAACGACGCAAGAUCAAAGUACAUCUCUAUUCCAACCAAAGUCUUCUCUUAUUGACGGGAGGCAGUGCCAAGAGAAACAUCCCAGGUGCGAUAACUGUGCCCGGCUAUCUCUUCGCUGCCGGUAUCUUCCUGAAGCAGCGGCUAUAGCAACCAAACUACCAGUGCAGCGAAUCUCCUCUUUACACAUCGGCAAUAUCUUUAGUCUGACCGACAUGCGGCUGUUUCAUCAUUUUCUUGUCGCUGCAUUUCCACAUUUCCCUGUCAGAUCUGACAAUAUAUGGCUUUCAUAUAUCACCCCUCUUGGCCAUCAAUGUGAAUAUUUGAUGCAUGCCAUGCUCGCUCUCUCCGCUUCACAUCUCGGGAAGAUUUCUCCAGCUCCAAGUUGUUUAUCAAUUCCCGCUCAGACCCACCGUUUAGCUGCUAUGAAAGGGCUCAACGAAGCACUCUCUCGACCGAUAUGCAAUAGUGAAGAAGCUGAUGCUGCAAUAGCAGCUUGUUAUGCCCUCCUGCUCCAAUCAUGGUAUAUGGACGAUGGACUCCAGGCUUCUUUGGUGUUAACAAGGAGCUGUGAAUGGACCACCAGAUGGGUAAGAGAGCAGAAGGUCAAGAGUGUUCUGGGGGACGAGAAUGAGUAUACCAAGCUUGCCAUUAUGAGGGGAAGGUUCAAGGAUGCACCGAUAUUCGAUGUAGCAUUUUCUCAGAAGGCGGUAGCGUCUGUCCAAACUCUACAGCCUCUUUGCAUAGAAGACUUUCAGGUUAAGGUCUUUUAUGGGUUGAAAAAGACUUUUGAAUUACUUCACAUCUCACCUAUUGCCGCGUAUGAUGCAUGCAUAAAAAUGGACGCUUUAAUAACUCAACUCGACCACACCGCCUUCCUCCAACUUCUCGAACCCAGUAACGAGACAAGCCAACUUCUGCUUGCUCACCUCGUGGCGCUGCACCUCGUCAUGCGGCCAAUUUCAUGUCGAGAGAGGAAGCAUUACACCGUCACCAUGUAUGGCAUCCGCAUGAAUACAUGGAUCCCGGGGAUUCACAACUCAAUUUCAGAGGACAGCAGGAAUUUGUUAGAGUGGCCAAUGUGGAUCGCGCGCCUGCACGUUGAGGGAAUACUAGAGAAGUGGUCCUUGGCGAGUUCUUGAGCUUGUCAAUAAAUGGAGGAGGCUUCCCGUUUCAGUGAACUAUAAUUGAUACCACGAUUGGGUAAAUCAGCCACGUUGCAAGCAACCAUCUAUUUGCUGGGCCGUCUAUCGCAGCGCUGGAGCGCCGCACUUGAUAUUAU